AUGGCAUCCCUCAAAAUUCUCGACAGCCCCCCCUCCUAUACGAUCGCCUGGAUUGCUGCCCUUCCUAUCGAGCGGGCCGCUGCAGAAGCAAUGCUCGAUGAGGAACAUGCUGCUCCAACCGGCCUCGCCAGACACCAAACCGACACGAAAGUUUAUAAGUGGGGUCGCGUAGGAGAACACAACAUUGUUAUUGCCGCUCUCGCCUCCGGUGUCUAUAGAACUACCUCUGCUGCUAUCACAGCCUCGAGCCUUCUUGCCUCUCUGCCAUCUAUCCGUACUGGUCGCUUGGUUGCCCUAGGCGGCGGUGUCUCUUGUCCGGACAGGGGUCAUGAUAUACGGCUUGGUGACAUUGUCCUGAGCCAGCUAUAUGGGACUAUAGGCAGUGUCUGCCAGUAUUACUUGAUUAAGGCCAAGUUGAGUGAUAAGUGUGACCGUAAAGGAUUCCUUGGAUGUCCUCCAACAGUCCUCCUGAAUGCGCUUGCCAGCAUUCAGGACUAUCACGAGCGGAAAGACUCCGACGUUCCCCCGGAUUGUCAGAGAUGUGACAUAUCUGAUGAUAUUCAACGUGAUCCCAGAGAGACUACCAACCCUGAUAUCCAUUACGGGACCCUUGCAUCUGGCAACAAACUUGUUAAAGAUGCUGCUACCCGCGAACGUAUUGUCACUGACCUCGGUGGCGAUUUUCAAUACGAGGUUGACGGCGUGCCGCAGACGACAAUUGCAACAAAGGCUGCAACUGAUUUUAUCAGGUCUGGCCAGCAUACUGAUAAGAUCAAGCAUUGGCUUAGUCCCCCAGAUUCAGCUACAAACGCCAACCAUGCAAGGACACUUUGCCAUGAAGGCACAGGUGCUUGGCUUCUGGAAAGCGCUGUCUUCCAAUCAUGGCAUUUAGGGUCGCAUCAGCAUGUGUGGCUCUACGGACUCGCUGGAUGUGGUAAGACUGUUCUCAGUGUGACUGUGCUUGAUCAUCUCGCGGACAGAAACGAUGCCCUUAUCCUCAACUUCUUCUUUGACUUUAACGACAUUACAAAGCAGAGCUUGGAUUGCAUGCUGCGGUCGUUUGAUUUUCAACUUUAUCUAGAUAGGACUAGUUUUGCAAUUCACCUUGAUGCUUUAUCUGAAGCUCACCAGGGUGGCCGUAAUCAACCUGAGACGAAGGUGCUCUCAAAGACUGUUUUCAGGAUGCUCACAACCCAGAGGAAGACCUUUAUUGUUCUGGACGCCUUAGAUGAGUCAAAAAAAAGGGAUAGUGUCCUCCAGUGGAUCAAGGACAUAGACUCCCAGCCAGAAAUAGACCAUGUCAAGCUGUUUUAUGCCAGUCGACCUGAGCCCGAAUUUCUGCGACACAUUCCCCCACUGAUAAGAAAGCAAAAUUGUCUAACCUUUGAUAUUCAGACUGUCGACUCUGAUAUCCGAUUGUGGGUCACAGCACUACUUUCUCAAAGGCAUAACUUCACAGAGAAGUCCUUAUCUCAGGAUCUUCUCAGAUCCGGAGCAUCCCGAUCGAAUGGAAGCGGAUGA